AUGGUGCGCUCAUUGCCAAAGAAACACAACCCGUUCAUCCUGCCGGAUCAAUCCCCCUCUUAUGAGGAUCUUCUGGCGCUUCGUCGUUUAGGGAAAACGAAUCUCGCCGUCAAGCCCACACAGAUUGGAACUUCCAACGCGACAAAGCCUGAGAACCUGGGCCCCUUUGAGUAUGCCCAUUUGCGCGCGAAGCUGCCAGAGGACCUAAAAGGAUCGGAGAUUUUCCCAUGGCAUACCACCCAGCAUUCCGAUACUUACUUCCUUAUGCGACGGAGCAAGGAUGGAUAUGUUAGCGCCACCGGAAUGUUCAAGAUUGCCUUCCCAUGGGCCAAACUGGAGGAAGAGAAGGCAGAGAGAGAAUAUCUCAAGAGUCGGGAUGAAACAAGCGAGGACGAGAUUGCCGGCAACAUCUGGAUCAGUCCCACACUAGCUCUCGAGCUGGCCAAGGAAUACCAGAUGUACAACUGGGUUCGGGCUCUGCUUGACCCUACCGAGAUCCCUCAGACUCCCAAAAAGCAGAUCACACCUCCGCCUAAAUUCGAACUUCCAGCCAUUGACGCGCUCACUCAACUUCCCCCUCCCACGCCGCACACUCGGAGGGGGCGAUCGGCAUCGCCUAGCAAGAGAGUUCUGUCCCCACGCAAGCCUAGAAAGACUCGCGCAGCCAAGGAAGCGAGCAUCGAGGAGGCCAGUGCCGCCAGCGCAAGCCUGCAGACCGCUCUGGAGAUGACCGCCUCUAAUGUCGAUACCGGAUCGGCCAACGGAACCAUUGAGCCCAGCGUGGAAGAAUACGUUGAAGAAGAAAAGGUGGUUUCGAUUGCAGAGGAGACGACUCGACCAAGAAAAUCGGGCAUGUCAAAGAGAGUGCAGCCCCCCAUUUUGGAACAGCCGGAGGAAGAAGUUGAAGAGGAGAAGGUCAAGGUCGACAUCGAAACCAUUGCCGACGCGACAGACGACGUCAGAACCACUCAGACCACUAUCUCCGUCGAGCUGCCCAUCAGCCUUCCCGAGGCCCCUUCCGCGGAAGAGACCGAACAGAUGAUCGCAAAGGCCAAGGAAAUGGUAGAAGAAGUCAUCAAAGUCCAGGCUACGGAAGGCGAGCAGGCCGAGUUGUCGACACUCAAGGCGGCUACGAAGCGCAAGACCGACAUGCUCAGCGAAGACGAGGAGGAUGAGGAGACCAAAGCCGCCUCGGCUCUGCGUGCCAAGCGCGCAAAGGUAUUGGAAGAGAAGUUGAAGCGCGAGCGUGUCCGAAACCGCGCGCUGGUUGGUGUUACCGCUGUCUUUGCGCUUGCGGCCUCGAUUCCCUAUUUCUUCUAA